AUGGGCCGCAAAUACGCACAAGAGCACCUCGUAGGUGGCAGCAAGCUCAAAGUUGGCCGUGCAAAAGGCUCGGCCGUCAGAGUCCACUACAAGAACACCAGAGAGACAGCAGCUGUCCUUCAGGGUCUCUCCCUCGCAAAGGCUUACACCUACAUUGAUGAUGUCCUCGAACACAAGCAAUGCGUUCCCUUCCGCCGACACAAUGGCGGUGUAGGCCGUACAGCCCAGGCAAAACAGUUCGGUGCAACUCAGGGUCGAUGGCCCGUCAAGUCUGCUCGCUAUAUCAAGGCCCUCCUCAAGAACGCCGAAUCCAAUGCAGCCGUCAACGAGCUCGAAGUCGAAGAUCUGUACAUCCGAUCCAUCCAGGUCCAAGAAGCACCCAAGACUCGCAGGAGAACUUUCCGCGCUCACGGUCGUAUCAACCCUUACCAAGGUCACCCUUGCCACAUGUUCGUCCCCUUUUUCCUCUUCCUCCCCUCUCCAAGGAGACUCAUCCUCACGUUCGUCACAGUGAAAUCAUGCUGGCAGAGAAGAAGGAGACCGUCGAACGAGAAAAGGGUACCGUCGCUGCUGCACCACCCAAGACGACCGCCAGGCGCCGCAUCGCUGCCGCCUAGAUGUCCCACUUGGAUUUUCCUUCCGUGUGCUCAGCCGGCAGCUUUGUACUAUCCUCAUCUCAACGAGCGAGGGCUGCAACAUGCAUACUUUUGCAUCUGCGCACCCAUGUUACCUAUGGCACGGUCAUGCAUGAGCUACGCCAAUCAGCAACGCAGACUGAGCUCGGAGCUACAACGUAUAGCUGCAAGCGUCAGCUGUAUCGUGAGCAGCUCGCCCUCUGGCUGGGAUGGGCUCAAGCAAGCCAAUUGA